AUGGAUCCGAUUCUCGAGAUCCUUGCAGGGGCAGAAGAAGAGGGAAGGCAGGAGAUGACGGCACGAGCCACGAGCAUACUCGUGCCACCAUAUAAAAAUGGUGGUACUGGUAGCAGUCACCCUCUUCAAAGUGCCGUUCUCUUCCCAACCAACAUCCCUUCCCGUCCCUUCUCCAAGAAAACCAGGCUGGCCAGAAAGCACGAUGCCUUCGUAACUGACGACAGCAUCGACUUACAUAGUUCCAUUCACCCUCACUCGCCUCGUGCAGAUCUCAUUCGAAGUGCCAGUGCAAUCGUUUGCGACAAACUUCCUACCAUCAACAGAGCUGCAUGGGAGAGCGUCGACGAACUUUGCCGCAUCAUAUGCAAUCGUCCACGAAUUCCAUUUUGGGGAAAGACUUUCAUAGGAUUAGGAGAAGCAGGUCCUGUCAUCAGCGGAGCAGGAGAAACUGCGACUCUCGCCGCAUCGGUGAAGUUGUCGACGCUGUGGCAAACCAUUUGAAUCCUGAAUCUCGACACACCAAUACGCAGCAUCGGAGACCCAAGAUUCACGGCCUUCGUGAAUCGUAGACCGCAUUGGAGAAGACUGCUAUGGAAACCGACAGAAUCUCGCACUCAUAGCUGCGACCACAAACUUUGACGAUAGCGUCGAAUUCUUAUUUCCUGAACACAUUCUCAAUGACCCCGAAACGUGU